CUUGCAGCUCCCGCUACAAUCUCCGCGAUAACGCGUAUUAGGUUGGCUAUUGGACUUUGUCGCAGCUAUUCCGAGUAUACCAACAUUUUCAAAAACUGCUUCUUUUGCAUCGUCACGAUACAUCAUCACCCCUCCUUGUAUAUAUAAAACGAAGAGGGGAAACCCCCUCUUUUUACGCCCCAUUCCUGCCCAAGCUGUGAGCUGCCGUCCCACCCCGCGCCGCAUCUCACUUUCGAUGCCGACCAGCUUUGACCGCUGCCUGGACCCUCGGUGGGUUCUGGGACUGAAGCUUUUGGAAUGAAGGAGCUGCUGCAAUAGCAAGAAACAGAAUCAUGUCAACUCUUCACGUAUCGAGGCGUUAUCGAUCCUCCACCUCGGCGUCGUCCAGAUCCAACAGUGCUGCCAACUCGAAAGCUCUCGAAAUCCUGCGCGGCCUACUCGACACUCUCGCUGCUGGCACAACCAGACGCACCAACAAUGGCUACCCCGAAUUUCCUGUUCUCCUCAAGGGCCUGCGCCAAAUCCGACAGCAUAUUGCCGCCCCCGAACCGCCGAGUCCGCCCCAAGAUGAUUUCAGACACUUGCACGGCUUCCACCGUCUCCUCGAUGUGCUGCGAUCCUUUUCCGGCUUUUAUAACCCCCAGCGCCGGACAAAAGAAGAAAAGGAGGGGCUGUUCGGUUUGCUAGAAGCCGUGCUGGAUGUCUUCGCCGCCGCCUUCUUGGGUCAUCCUGGGAACAAGCGCUACUUCCGUCACAGAGUAGAAGGCGGCGGAUGGGAGGCUCUCGAACAGACCAUCGCCAGCGUCGGGCUAGGCGGAAGUGACUCCGACUUGUGGACCAACUGCCAAUUAUUUGGAAAGCUCUUGGCGUUCUCGCUGGGUGACAACAACGUGGAUGUCCUUUGCCGGUCCCUUGCCUCACACCUGGAGACAAACGUGCAGGAAGCCACAACGGACCCGAAAGAAGCCCACGAAGGCGGCGAAGAGCAGCCAGCAACCCCGAAUACCCCACAAACAAGGGAUAUUGCCCAGGAGGUGCGCAGCCUCAUCCACAAAAAGGCCGUUUUCCGAAACCCAGAGAUCCUACGGGCUGUCGUGGGAUUCUGGGAAUCUAUACCAAGAGGGCAAGACAUGCCGGCAAACUCCUGCUCGAUGGCAGUUCUGGAGAUCAUGUCGAGCGUCGUCUCAAUCUCCACGUUCAAUCUCGCCGCUCUCCAUGCUACCGGCGUACUAUCGCGUUUGCUCCGUGUUCUGUUCGAUCCCGCUCCAAAACUCGACCAGGCUGAGAAAGACAAGUUGCUCAUCAUCUGCAAGAAGCUUAUGUACCUAGGCUUCAACCAGCCAGCAGACACCCAGUUCCUGCUCGCAAGUACAUCACCUGAGGCUUCCGAAUUCAGCCUGGAGAUGACCUCGACAUACAGUGGUCCUCCGUUCUUCCAAUUCGAUCUUUCGUUACACGGUCAUUCCUCCAUCGAACUGCCGACGCUUGGCCGGCCGUUCCCUCCCAACUCAUCUUCAGGAUACACUUUCACGGCGUGGGUCCGCGUGGAUCGAUUUGACCCUAACUCUCACACCACCCUCUUUGGCGUUUUCGAUGCAACUCAGACCUGCUUCCUCUUGAUGUACCUUGAACGGGAUACUCGCAACUUCAUCCUACAGACCUCCGUCACAUCCAGCCGACCUAGCGUCAGGUUCAAGGGCAUAUCAUUCAAAGACAAGCAGUGGUACCACAUUGCCCUAGUUCACAGACGGCCCAAGACAAUGACUACCAGCAAAGCCUCGCUAUACGUCAACGGAGAGUUUGUGGAGCAGAUUAAGUGCGCCUACCCUUCGUCGCCGCCCUUUGCAAACGGCAGCACUGAAAGUUUUGCGUCUUUUACAUCCACCAACGCCAAGCCGCACCCCGUCCAAGCAUUCUUAGGAACACCGAGGGACCUGUCCAAUCAGCUUGGACCCGGCCUGGUAUUCUCCAAAUGGUCCCUGGCCUCUGCGCAUCUUUUCGAGGAUGUUUUGAGUGACGAUUUUCUCGCCGUUCACUAUGGCCUCUCCCCGAGGUAUCAAGGCAACUUUCAGGAUAGCCUAGGUGGCUUUCAGACAUAUGAAGCUUCUGCAAGCCUGGGCUUGAGAAACGAAGUUUUCCACCCGGGGAGAGAUGAGUCUUCGGACAUUAUCAGAGCCAUCAGGGACAAGGCAGGCAGCCUGCUGCCUGAGCAGAAGAUCCUCCUAAGCAUUCUUCCAUCAGGCGUCUUUCGAGAGGAUGGUGCUUACCAAGACACUCAGCUCUACCGUGCUUUGCCCCGGCCUGCUGCAACGAGUCUUACUCAGAUGACACACAGAAGUGGCUCGGCAAUUGCCAUCAAUGCUGCACUGCCAUGCCUGCUGGACGCGUUGGCGCGCUCUCAAGGGGUAGCUGUCCUGACCGGUAAUCCUGUGGUCGUCAUGCCCUCUUACUUUGACGAUAACUUCUGGCGCCUUGCUGGCUUCACUCCCCUAGCUCUCAAGAUUGUCGAAAGAGCAACCUCGGUGGAGGAAACUGUUCGUGCUGUUGAGAUGACAUUUCUCUGCAUUAAGAAGAGCUGGAGGAACAGUGAAGCCAUGGAGCGCGACAACGGUUAUGCCAUCCUCGGCAUGCUCCUGAGAGCAAAGCUGGGAUAUACCAUCAACUUGAGUGCUGAUAACGCUAACCUACGAUUGCUGAUCACAAGUGAAGAGAGGGACAAACUGAGCUUUCAACUUCUCAGCCUUGUCCUUGAUUUUGUGGGAUACAAUCAUGCUGAGCCUCUAGAGUCCUUCAUCGUCAAUCCUCUAGCCUAUCGCAUCCUGCUGAUUGACUUUGACACUUGGAGACGAUCUGCCCCUAUCACCCAGGGGCUCUACUACAAGCAGUUUGUAACUUUCUCUGUUAAGAGCAAGUAUCACCAGUUCAACAGCAGACGGUUAAUGCGCAUGAGGAUUGUCAAACGACUACUCGAUGCGAUGAAAGCAGAGUCAAUUUCAGAAGAAGUACUACCGCACUUCAUGACGGCUUUAGAACAUCUUGUGAAAUGCAACUACACAGCCGAGGUGCAUAGGUCUCUCGCUCUGUUCAUUACUUAUGCCUACCAUUCACCGACAGCCUCUUUGGUCAGGACCCCUAAACCUAUAUCUGCGAUCGCUAGAACCCCUGCUUCUGGUUUUGCGCGGCGAGCCACCUUCGAUUCCAGCACCCCCUCGAAUACGUCCUCACGAAUCCUCACCAAGAAGCAGCUUGGUGCAAGGAUCCUGGGAAUAUAUUCAACUCUUCUCUGUGAAAAGGGCAAUCUGGCCAAUAUCCGCAAGUUUGCAAGGACAGUGACGAACAAGUGGCUACUGUAUCUUUUGGCCAAUGACGACCCCGAAACCGUGGUGUACGGCAGUAAGAUCCUAGCGAGACUUCUCAUCACCCACGGCUCAGCCUACACAGCCAAGUUCUCGGGGAAAACUGGCGGCUUCACCAUCAUGGCACACCGACUCAAACGCUGGUGGUAUGUUCCUUCGCUGUGGCCCAUAUGCUUCAGCAUCCUUUUCGGGUUUGACGUGGCCAAUGUCGACCUGGAUCGCAACUUUGAAUUAUCAAGCUUGCUAGAAACAUUCGGCAAAACGAGGGUCCUCUACCCAGAAUGUCUUCAAGUAUUGACGUCAAUGCUACAACAUGGGUUGAAAGACGUUAUGAGAAACCAGGAGGAUCCAAACUCGCCUCAAAAGCCGCGCAACCUCUUUGCAAGCGGCUUCGAAGGGCUAGACACACGGCCCCGGGCCAAGUCAAUGGAUACUAGGGGCAUCGAUGCGAGAGUGGCAAAUGGUGCUCAGCAUGAGGUCGAAAAUACGUCAGACCAUGCGCCCAUGCUCCUUACCGUCGUUCGAUUUCUAUCAGAUUUGCACUCUCGCUCCGCCGACUUCGGAGACUUUGCCUUGACGUCCGAGUACGUCAGGUACCUGCUAUGGGCCUGUUACCCCAUCAUCGUUAGCACCGAUGCCGUCACCCCAGACACCGAGCUUAACUCACGAGAUUCGGCGCUCACAUUUGAAGGCGGAGACGUGAUGAUCCGUCCCCUUGCCGGCUCCCAGCCUGGUCCCAUCAUUCGCACGACGAGCACGGAUGCGAUUGCUACAUUGGCCGGAACCCCCCGCGGCACUCCUCUCCGGAAGGCAUCCGGUUUUGUGAUGCUCACUAAUCAAACAUCUCCCCAAGCCCCCAGUGCAGCACGCUUUGCCCCGGCCAUGUCGCCAAAGAAGAAGGUCGAAUCGCAACAGCCUAGCAGCGCAGCCCUUGAUGGCUUACUAGAGUUGGUCAUCAGCGUAUUUAUUGACCAGGUCUUCACGCGAAAGGAGUUCCCUGGCUUCGGACUGUUCUUGAAGAUCCCACCUGGGUUCCAAGAGCACCAGGCUUACUUCGAAUCCUUUGUCCUCAGGAAGACACUCCAACAACUUGGGAACCACGUUCAGUCGAACCAGGGGGUUCUAUGCGAGCCAAAGGUUCUCACCAACAUGGGUAGAUUAGCCGCACACGUCACGGACGCUAUCUUCGAAGGCUGGUUUAUCAAUGGUACGGAGCCAAUGCUAGAAUUCGCUGGUAUGGUACUUGAAUACCUACAGAGGCCCGAAGUCUCUACUUUGAAGAGCGUCCGUCUCUGUAGUCAAGCUGUGGCCACGACACGCCAAAGCUUCCUCAAACUGCUUCUGCUUCGGUUCUCUGAGCUGGAUGAUCCCGACACACCAGACAUCAAUGCAAAGGCUUUUAUGAGCAACAUCCUAUACUGGCAGGCCCCUAUAUUAGACUCUCUCUCAGACGAGGAGGAGUACAUGAAGCUUUUCUGGUACCAACUUUACAGGAAACUUGUGGACUCCCGGGUAGCCAUAAGGUCCGCCACAGCUACCAUCAUGCGCAUUAUGCUUGUGCAAAAGCCACAAGAGUCCAAGGUUUUGUUCCGCCAAAACGUGGCGACAGACCAACAACAGUUGACGAAGGAAUUCGUUGUUAAACUCACCGAGGUUGAUGAUGAAGCGUUCCUUGAAUGGGUGGAUCAGCAUCGUGCGUCGCUCGAUGCCUUUUUCUUUGGCGGGAGCUCCAAGAUCUGGGAAGAAUUUGUGGCUGUCGAAAACCAGCGAACUGUUGAUUCGGCUAAGUUCCGAUUGGCGAAGCGCAGAGACCGACUAAAAGCGUGGCAAAUGGAAGCACUCAGUAUUGAUAAUGUUCUUCUGCGGCAUGACAUGGCCAACGGUGCUUGGAUGAAGAGCAUCUUCACAAGCGAGCACUUCAAGCAUCAACGCUUGACUCAGGACCAGCAAGAUGACAUGGCCUUCCUAGCUGCUGCGUUCGUCAAGAUGGACAAUGACCUGCGGCGUCCGGGGGCCGUCUUCAGCGAGCAGACACAGCUCAAGUGGAAGCUCGACCGUACGGAGGGGCGCAACCGAAUGCGCCUGAGGCUUCUACCCGACUACUCCAAUAAACAUAGCGACUACCAGCCAAAGAGGAGAGCAGGGGAGUCUAUGACCCCGUCUGCCCUCAAGGUGAGCACCGACAUGGUAGCCGCCCAGAUCGCACCAUCGCCAAUCAAGGCACCCACACCGGCAUCGUCCCGUAUAAAGGCCAUCUCUAGCCUUGAUGGCGAGGCAGAGGUCUCCGACACACCAGCCGAGACGGACCAGGAAGAAGAGGCAAACGAGUCCGGCGUCGGUGCCGAAGAGGAUUUCGAGCUGGUCGACGAUCCAAACGACGCCAACGAGGGCGACGAUGGGUUCGAGGAUAAAAAUCGCAAGGUCAUGCGACGACUUGAGCAGGGUGACCAAGUCCAGGCGGUGUACAACAUCUCACGAAUCGUCGGUUUGGAGGGCUGCGAGGGUAUCCUCAUCAUUGGAAAAGAUGCCUUGUACAUCAUGGACAACGUCUUCCAAUGCGCUUCUGGCGAGAUCGUCAACGCGUGGCAAGCUCCUCCCGAGGAAAGAGAUCCCUUCUCAGAGAUAAUUACCGAUGCCAAGACCACUGAGCAACGCCAGAGCUCAAGUCGCAGCGAACAGGAGUCGAGAAGUUGGCGGUGGCACGACGUUAUCAGUAUCUCUAAGAGACGUUUCUUGUUCCGGGACGUUGCUAUUGAAAUCUUCUUCACAGAUGGACGCAGCUACUUACUGACGUCCAUCAACCCGGUGCUGAGAGACGAGGUCUUUGGCAAGCUGAUGAACAAGGCGCCACACACCAACGCUGCUAGCUCACUACCGAACCCCGAAGAUGCCUGGCGUCUGGAAGCCCUCAAGGUCUCUGAGGAGAUGCCCCAAGGCUUUGGUUCCAAGUUUGGAAGCAUCUUCAAUUCAACUCCUUGGAACCCCGCCAUGAAGAAGUGGCAGAAGGGGGAGAUGUCCAAUUUUCACUAUCUCAUGCUCGUCAACACGAUGGCCGGCCGGACGUUUAAUGAUUUGACACAAUAUCCUGUCUUCCCGUGGGUCCUCGCAGACUACACAAGUGAGGAGUUGAAUCUGAACGACCCCGCUUCCUUUCGCGAUCUCUCGAAGCCGAUGGGCGCUCAGACAGCAAGCCGUGUUUCAGGCUUCAAGGAGUCUUACAACGCUCUGUCUGAGAUAGGGGAGACUCCUUUCCACUAUGGCACUCACUACUCUUCGGCUAUGAUUGUGUCUUCGUACCUCAUCCGCCUCCCGCCUUUCGUUCAGUCAUACAUUCUCCUGCAGGGCGGAUCGUUCGACCACGCAGACCGUCUUUUCCAGUCCAUCCCUCAUGCGUGGCAGUCUGCUUCCUGCGACAACAAGGCAGACAUCAGGGAGUUGAUACCAGAGUUCUUUUGUCUUCCAGAGUUUCUCACCAACAUUAACCAGUACAACUUUGGCAACCGUGAGAGCACAGGGGCGAGGGUUAAUAAUGUUGUCCUGCCUCCCUGGGCCAAGGGAGACCCCAAGAUCUUCAUUGCCAAGCACCGCGAGGCACUUGAGAGUCCGUACGUCAGCCAGCAUCUGCACAACUGGAUCGAUCUAGUAUUCGGGUUCAAGCAGAGAGGCGAUGCCGCCGUUGACAGCCUCAACGUCUUUCACCAUCUCUCGUAUAGAGGCGCCACCGACCUGGACAACAUCAGCGAUCCGCAGGAGAGACGCAUCACCGCGGGUGUCAUCCAUAACUUUGGUCAAACACCACACCAAGUCUUUACACGACCUCACCCCGCUCGUGAGCAUGCGUCUUGCCCGACCCGACGAUUGGACACGUCCGUCUAUGCUCUUACCAGGCUAUCGCAUCCAUUGCUAGAAUCCCACGAGAGGGUAGCUUCUCUGAUCUAUUCGCCCAAAAUCGAUAGGCUCAUAUGCGCCUCGCCAUUCCGUCUGAAUGUUGCCCCCUAUGACAAGUUCCUCGAAUGGGGCUACGCGGACAACAGUGUCCGUUUCUUCUUCAGCGACAACCGGAAGCCCGCGGGACUCUUCGAGAAUCUUCAUAUUGGGCAGUUGUCUUGCGCUACCUUUGCUGAUUCCAAGACACUGAUCACGGCUGGAGAGGACUGCGUUAUAUCCGUUUACGCGGUGCAGACUGCCCCCGGCAAAGUGGCGGACCUGCUCCCCCGUUCGUCACUCUUUGGCCAUCGCGCACCUGUGACGAACAUCGCAGUGUCCAAGUCCUUCAGCACGUUCGUGUCAGUGUCGACUGACGGCCAAGCCUUUGUUUGGGACCUCAAUCGUCUCGAGUUUAUUCGGAAGCUGCCGCUUUCUCGAGCCGUCGAAUGCGCCCGCAUCAACGAUGUUUCUGGCGAGAUCAUGCUUGGGUCUGGUCCAAACGUCGUUCUUUACACCAUCAAUGGCACGGUUAUACUGGACCAGAAUGUCUGCACCGAGCCGGAUGACUACGUGCACUCUUGUGCCUUCUACGAAGGCGCCGGAAACGAGUGGCUCGAAAACUACCUUGUCUUCACUGGUCACAAGAGGGGACGCGUGAACGUAUGGAAGAAGUGCGUCAAGAACGGCAAGUGGGUGUUGGAGUUGCUUCGGCGGUUGGACCACGUCGAUCCGCGCUCGGAAGUGGGGGCCAACUACGACGCCGGUGUGACUUGCAUCGCGCCUAUGCCGCAGUGUGUCUACACCGGUGAUGACGAUGGGCGAGUGUACGAGUGGAAUCUUGUCCAGCGGGACAGAUAGAGUCUGCACGGUGCCAAAGGUUGGGCAGGGGGUAGCAAUAGCAAUCGCUUGCGGGCGAGUAUGUAAAGGGAGCGAGGCGUCUGUGGUGACUUCGUCAAUCUCGAGCAUAGCGGAUCGAUCUACUUCCAGGCUAGCAUGGAAUCGGCGUACUCCUUGAUAACUCUCAACCACGAUCGUUCAAGAUGCA